AUGGAGACGGGCUCUGGGGACCCCCCGUCGCCCCCUCCUCGGUACAAUUCCCCCCGCUCGAUGCUCCAUGCUCUGAAGGGGCAGGGCUCAGCUCCUGUGGCAUCGGCGGAAUCUGUGGGCACCUUGCCCACUUCGCCCGUGGCAGCAGCGGCCGGCUUGGUAACAAUGGAACCCACAGAAGCGACCAUUCCCACAAGCGCAAAGACAGAACUAUCAUGCGUGUCCACAGAGACCACAUCGACCGUGAUGACCAUAGAGAUGUCUCUCGUGGCCAGGGGUACUGGUGAUGUGGCGUCUCUUGUACAGGUGGCAUCUGAUGCUGGAGAGGCAGCUAUGGACGGGAUUCCAGUGGAGGAUGCAUCUUCGGCAGUGACGGUACCGGUGGUGAAUUCAGAGGCUCCCGGGCCCACUGUGGCGACGGUCAACGGGACGUCAGUGGCAUCAUCACCUCAGGACAGAAUGAGGUCAUCAGCUGGGGCUUUGCCCACGGAGGCCAAGGUGAAGCCCCUCCCGGUCCCACCAAUGUCACCGACAGUGGUCGUGGUAGCGCCGAGCCCCGGCUCGCCGCCGGAAAAGACUUCGCCUGUUGGCCCAGGGGGCUCAGAACCUUAUGAUCUGUCCUCUUCACAACCACCCCAAGACCUGGGUUUCCAGCCCAGCCUGGGCACUCCAUCACCCAAGGCUCCUCCUGCUCCCGACACCAUGAGCUACCUGGAGUCUGUCAGUCUUAUGUCCGGUACCAUGGAGUCCUUGACCGGCCCUGGAUAUCCUGAUGAUGCCAGCUCUCUGGGUUCUGAUUCUGAAAUCAAUGGCGUGGCGUGCCGUAAGACCGACAGAUACGGCUUCCUUGGGGGCAGCCAGUUUUCUGAUGCGGUCGAGAGCACCAUCCCUGUGGAUGUGGGCAGGCAACGGGAACUGAAGUGGCUGGAUAUGUUGUGCAACUGGGACAAAUGGCUGUCGCGCAGAUUCCAGAAGGUGAAAUUGCGUUGCCGGAAGGGGAUUCCUUCUUCCCUCCGUGGCAAAGCAUGGCAGCUUCUCUCAAACAGCAAGGAACUCCUGGAUCAAAAUCAGGGGAAAUUUGAGGAAUUGGAGCGCCAAGCUGGAGACCCCAAGUGGCUUGAUGUGAUUGAGAAAGACCUCCACCGGCAGUUCCCAUUACAUGAGCUGUUUGUCGAUCGGGGAGGCCACGGGCAGCAGGACCUCUUCCGCAUCCUGAAAGCCUACACGAUCUACAGGCCGGAGGAAGGCUACUGCCAAGCCCAGGCACCCGUCGCUGCAGUUUUGCUGAUGAAUAUGCCCGCAGAGCAUGCUUUCUGGUGUCUGGUGCAAAUCUGUGACAAAUAUCUCCCUGGGUACUACAGUGCCGGACUGGAGGCAAUCCAGCUGGACGGGGAGAUCUUCUUUGCUCUCUUACGGCGGGUGUCCCCCCUCGCCUACCGCCACCUGAAGAGGUACAAGAUUGACCCCAUCUUGUAUAUGACCGAGUGGUUCAUGUGCAUCUUCUCCCGGACCUUGCCCUGGUGCUCCGUGUUGCGCGUUUGGGACAUGUUCUUUUGUGAAGGGGUGAAGAUAAUCUUCCGAGUGGGCCUGGUGCUGCUGCGGAACACUCUGGGCUCAGUAGACAAGCUGCGCUCGUGCCAGGGCAUGUACGAGACGAUGGAGAAGCUGCGGAACCUGCCAGUCCAGACUAUGCAAGAGGACUACCUGGUCCAUGAGGUGACGAAUCUCCCGGUGACCGAAGCCCUCAUAGAACGAGAGAACGGCACCCAGCUGAAGAAGUGGCGGGAGACGCGGGGUGAGCUCCAGUAUAAGCCCUCCCGGCGGCUCCACGGCUCACGAGCCAUCCUCGAGGAGCGCCACCGCAUGAACCCGCCCCUCUCGGGCAGCAGCAGCCUCUUGAGCCUCACAAGCCUGAAGCAAAGGGUCACUUACAGCAGCAUAAGCGGCCCCUCCUUCUCCCCGGCGCACUCCGUGGGCACCUUGGCGGUGUCCGUGGCUCCCUCUCCGGCCCCUCCGGCAGCCCAAAGCCAGGUGGUGGUUUCUGAAGGGCUCCACCCGGCCUUGCCCUCCCCAACAGGGAACAACAUGCCCCUCGGUGGCCCCAAGACGUUCGGGGGCAGCAACAAAGAGGAGAAGCGGAAAGAGAAGGAGCGGGAAAAGCAAGAGAGGCUGGAGAAGGAGAAGCAAAAGCAGGAGAGGGAGCGCGAGCGGAAGUUGCAGAAGGAGCGGGAGAGGCAGGAGAAAGAGCGGGAGAGGAAGCAGCAAAAGGAGCGAGCCAAAGAGGAAGCCCGGCUGAAGAAGGAACGGAAACUGUCGCUGAGGAAAAAGGAACCCAAAUCGGCUCCUCCGCCGCCCAGCGAAGAAGGAAAAGAUGGGGAAGCUCCAACGGCGUCCGUGCUGCAAGACACGUACUUUUGAGGAGGGAUAGGGGGCAGCACAUUCCCCAGGUACUCCCUCCCUUCAGCCAAGGACCAAGAUGGUGGCCAACACCAGGGACACUCUUAUUGUGGUAGGGGGACCCAGAAGACAGGAGGAGGAGGUGUG